AUGCAGCGAAAUAAGAGCCUCAAGCUCCAGUUAGAUCUGACCGGCGCGGCCGACCCGGCCCUGGUCGCGGAGGCCGCGGGGCGCUGCGGGCUGACGCACUCCGUUUUCGAGGUCCGGGCGCACGCCCAGGGCGGGCCGCCCCGGGCGGGCACGCCGGCGGUGGCCCGCCGGGUGCGCCGGCUCCGGGCUGCGCUGCUGCGGCGGCUGCAGAGGGAGCUGGGAGGGCCUCGGCCCGCUGAGGGUCAUCCUCGCGGAGAAAGCGUCGCAUCGAAGCCAUCAUGUCGUGGGAGAUCUGGGCAACGCGUCGGAGCUCUGGGCUCUGCGGGUCGACCUCCUGCGGCAGCUGGCGCGCUCUCCAUCCUGCGCCGCGUCGACGGCGUCGCAGGCAGGGCGGGCUCCGCCGAGCUCCGCCGCCUCAGCUCCGCCCUGCUCGCCCCUGCCUCGGCGCGGGCGGCUUGCGUGGGCCCGCUGGUGCUCGCGGAGGACCUGCAGGAGUUCGAGGGCGGCCUGAACGCCAAGGGAAAGAGGCGGAAGCUGCUGUGGCCGCGGCAGCUGCUCCUCGGCUGCAGGCUGGCGGUCGGGGGCGUGCUCGGCUGCGUCGAUGGGGUGCUCCGGCGCGCCAUGGACCGGCCCUGCGUGCCUAAGGCGACGCUGGGGCCGGAGCUCGCCCUGUGCAUGUGCAACCUCGCGCUCGUCGCGCCCGGCAGCCGCGUGCUGGACCCGUUCUGCGGGUCGGGGGCCUUGCUCCUCUGCCCCGAAGGACGCCGACGCCGACCAGCUGGAGGCGCUCAGGCACAACUUCCUCCACAGCGGGCUGGCCCUGCCGGUGCUCUCCGAGCCCGGGGAGGCACCGCUGGCGGCCGGGGCGCUGGACGCCAUCAUCACGGACCCGCCGUACGGGUUUUCCUGCCCGAUCGCAGGUCCGAGUGGCGACGUCCGCGCGGACGGCCUUCGCCACCUCGGCGCCCAGCCUAGAGCAAGCAGACGGGCUCGCCGACCGUCCCCGAGGAAUCCGCAGGUUGAGGGCAUGGGCUCCUGAUAGGCUGCUGACGUGCAUUCUGCUGCCGACAGACUGGGCGGCAAGGGGGAAUGGGGGAGGCGGGGGGGGGGGAGGGAUGAGGAGCCCUCCCUUCCUCCCCCCCCUGAUAGCUUUCUGACUCUUCUCCGCUCCGUUGCUCUGCAUUCGUUGAAAAGAAGAAAAGAGCUGGUUGUGACCCAACGGCUGCCUUCUGAUGCCAUGUCCCCC